AUGGAAGAAUCUAAAACUGUAGCUGCCACAUUAACAAAGUUUCCACCAUGUUGUUUGAGGAUAUUUAGGGAUAAAUACAUACUAGUGGGGACGUAUGAAUUAGAUAAACCUACUGGUAAUAGAACUGGCACAGUGGAUGUGUACGACGACGAGUUGGUAUUAGUCAAUUCUUAUCCAUGCUAUGGUGCUGUACUGGAUCUGAAAUUAUCACCAUUUGAUGCGACUUUGGUAAUCUCGGCCCAUUCUACUGGUAAUGUCAUGUUGUGGAAGGUAGAGUGUGAAUCUCGACUUGAAUUGAAAUUGAUAAAGAACAUCCAAGUCUUUGAGAUAGAGACAUUGAUCACUUCGUUGCAUUUUUCACCCUUGAAAGCCAGCACUGUCUUAUUAACUGCAACUUCAGGGGAAGCAGUGACAAUUAAUAUCGAGACAGGAGAUGUUACAUUUUCGUCCAACGCUGUGGAAGCAUAUUACUCAAAAGUAGAAACUAAGGCACUGAACGUUCAAGGUAUAUCCGAAUCCAUUGUCGAGCAAGAUUCUGAACCAUUCUCUACUAAACAUUCAUUAGAGUGUUGGACAGGCGAGUUUGGUGCAUUACAACCUUUGGCAGACACCGUAUUCACUGGAGGUGACGAUGCCACAAUAAUGGGUCAUGAUUUAAGAAGUCACGAUGUCAUUUGGACAAAUAAUAGAAUACACGAAGCUGGUGUAGUUGGAAUUAAAUGCAGCACCCAAACGUUCCGGACCUCGAAACCAACUUCGAUCGUUACGGGAUCAUACGAUGACCAAAUCAGAUCAUUUGAUUUCAGAAUGUUGGGAGCAGACUCAAUAUACCCCGGCCAAAACAUCCCGGUACUCAACUCACAGCAGUUAAACUUAGGAGGCGGUGUGUGGAGAUUCAGCGAAGCACCAAUUAAUUUACAAUACGAGAAGGAUACGCUAUUAGUCUGUUGCAUGUAUAAUGGAACCAAGAUUGUCACUAUAAAUGACUUGGAGACCUCUAAUGCAGAUGAACAAUUCCAAGAGAUACAUUAUUUAAAGAAUGGACACGAUUCAAUGUGUUACGGUGGUGACUGGUCUUCCCGUUUCAUAGCCACAUGUUCAUUUUACGACAAGUCUUUACAGAAAUGGAACCCUUGA